UAUCCUAUGUAAGUACGUAACAACCAAACCCAAAAACUUUCCCCAACUAAACCAGGCCUAAAAACGAAUCAGAAAAGGGCAAGGUGACAUAUCAUCCCUCCUGAUCAACUCCCAGGCCAGCGCUAGAAACCUCACUCUGCACAUACUAGUGUCGAAGCACCUAAAGCUAAUGCUUCUACUGCUCCUCUUCGCUCUCACGCUAGGCCAUGGGGCCAGAUCGGCGGCGCCACUGCCGCGGCGUGGCACAUCGCUGCGAGCUCAAGUGGCGGCCCUUCUCCACUGGAAGUCCACCUUGAAGGGCUUCUCACAACACCAGCUGGGAACAUGGAGGCACGAUAUCCACCCGUGCAACUGGACUGGCAUCACCUGCGGCGACGUUCCAUGGCGCCAGCGACGACAUGGAAGAACCACGGCAAGAAAUGCCAUCACGGGGAUCGCCCUCCCGGGUGCCCAUCUUGUGGGAGGGCUGGACACCCUGAGCUUCAGGUCCUUCCCUUAUCUGGCCAGCCUCGACCUCAGCGACAAUGGCCAUCUGUCGGGUACGAUCCCUCCUGGCAUAAGUUCUCUGUUAAUGCUUUCCAGUCUCAACCUGUCCAGCAAUCAGCUUACCGGAAAUAUACCUCCAUCCAUUGGUGACCUUGGGAGGAUUUCCUCAAUUGAUCUGUCGUACAAUAAUCUGACUGGGGAAAUCCCUCCUGCGUUGGGUAACCUUACAAAGCUUACUUAUCUUUCUCUCCUUGGCAAUAAGCUGUCCGGUAACAUCCCAUGGCAGCUUGGGAAGCUUCAUGACAUCUCGUUUAUAGAUUUGAGCCUCAAUCUUCUUGUUGGGCCGAUACUUUCUCUAUUUGGAAACCUCACAAAACUCACCUCUUUGUUCCUCGUCGGUAAUCAUCUAUCUGGACCUAUACCUGACGAGCUAGGUGAAAUACAAACGCUUCAAUAUCUAGAUCUGCAGCAAAACAACUUGAACGGCUCAAUUACAUCCACCUUGGGAAAUCUUACAAUGCUCAAGAUCUUGUACAUAUAUCUGAACCAACAUACUGGUACUAUCCCUCAAGUGUUUGGGAUGCUGUCAAGUUUGGUUGAGUUGGACUUGUCCGAGAACCAUUUGACCGGCUCAAUUCCCUCAAGUGUUGGAAAUCUUACUUCGUCAGUCUACUUUUCUCUUUGGGGUAAUCACAUAACUGGGUCAAUCCCUCAGGAGAUUGGAAAUCUUGUGAAUCUCCAACAGCUCGACCUCUCAGUAAAUUUCAUAACUGGACCAGUGCCAUCAACUAUAGGGAACAUGUCUUCCCUCAACUAUAUAUUAAUAAAUAGCAAUAAUCUCUCUGCACCAAUCCCAGAAGAGUUUGGGAAUCUGGCAAGUUUGAUAUCAUUUGCAUCCUAUGAAAACCAAUUGUCUGGUCCAAUCCCUCCGAGUUUGGGAAAAUUGGAGAGCGUGAGCGAAAUUCUACUGUUCAGCAACCAGCUAUCAGGUCAAUUGCCUCCAGCACUCUUCAACCUCACUAAUUUAAUUGACAUCGAAUUAGACAAGAACUACUUGGUUGGCCCGUUGCCUGAUUUGUGUCGGGGUAAAAAGCUAGAGAUUUUACAUCUUUCUCAUAACAAUUUGAAUGGUUCGAUGCCAAAGACUUUGAGGGAUUGCAUUUCCCUGCGAUCCCUCGGCAUUAGCUACAACAAAAUGGAUGGAGACAUAACUGAUGCAUUAGGAGUGUACCCCCAUCUAUGGCGGUUACGUUUAGCGUCAAACAAAUUGGUUGGCCGGCUUUCACCAAAUUUGUGAUCAUGUCAGAAUUUGACAGCACUUAGUUUUG